AUGUCGGCUGGCAAAACCAACGAAGGCGGAAAGGAACUUCACUACGACAUUGCGAAGAACCGGGCUCCUUCGACCGUCCGGAAACUGGGUGACAAACGUACCUUGUGUCUCCAGCUUGACACAGAAGGCGUGAAAGCUCCCACUACACCUGAUGCUGUCCUCGAGUCAGCGAUGUUUCUCCUUCGACGUUACGAGAACCCGUUUGUUUCGCAAUACCACGAAGUUCAGCACCCACGACAUUCGAUCCAGUUCAUGUCACUCGGCCAUCCCAUACUAAAGCACACAUACCUGAUCCCGACAACCAACGACCAGUUGUUCGCUAGCAAUAAUGACUUGGCGCACAGAAUGGAAGAUCUGAGGAUCAAGCUAGAUGGUCUGACGCUCAAAGAGAUGGAGAAGGUCCCGGAAGCUGAGCGCCCAAUUGAAUUUGCUCGGGUUCGAGAUGCGCAUGAGAGUGGUAGCAUACUCAAAGACACAUUCUCGUUGCCUGUCGACUGGACGUUCUAUGACGACGAGGUUCUUGAAGAAUUGGGGGUUGCUUGGGAGAGGCGAGACGGUGACGACGACGACGACGACGACGAUUUAGCUGGUACGGCUUCAAGUGAUGGGCAAGCAUGUUGA